AUGUCUUAUUGUAACAAGUAUACUUUUGCCGCAUUACCCAGGACCCAGCGAGGUACUCCUUUAGUGUUGGGAGGUGAUCCUAAAGGCAAGACUUUCUUGUACACCAAUGGGAAUUCUGUUAUAAUACGAGAUAUCGAAAACCCAGCGAUUUCGGAUGUAUACACGGAACACUCUUGUCAAGUGAAUGUGGCUAAAUAUUCACCCAGCGGAUUUUAUAUUGCAUCUGGAGAUGUAUCCGGCAAAGUUCGCAUUUGGGAUACAGUGAACAAGGAACAUAUCCUAAAGAACGAGUUCCAGCCUAUCGGAGGGCCUAUCAAGGAUAUAGCAUGGAGUGCCGACAGUCAGAGGAUGGUGGUCGUGGGCGAGGGACGGGAGAGAUUCGGCCACGUGUUCAUGGCGGAGACCGGCACGUCGGUAGGCGAGAUCAGCGGCCAGUCCAAGCCGAUCAACUCUGUGGACUUCCGGCCCGCGAGGCCCUUCCGCAUCGUGACCGCGUCCGAGGACAACACCCUGGCCGUGUUCGAAGGACCACCCUUCAAGUUUAAGUGCACCAAACAGGAGCACACCCGCUUCGCGCAAGCAGUGCGCUACAGUCCCGAUGGCAGCCUGUUCGCAUCGGCCGGCUUCGACGGGAAGAUAUUCCUUUUCGAUGGCCUUACAUCGGAGUUGAAGGGAGAGUUCGGCUCCCCAGCCCACAAGGGCGGUGUCUACAGCAUCUCUUGGUCUCCGGACGGCAAGCAACUGCUGUCAGCCUCCGGAGACAAGACCUGUGCCAUCUGGGAUGUGGAGACCAUGGAACGGACCACCACCUUCAAUAUGGGUACUGCUGUGGAAAACCAACAGGUAUCCUGUCUCUGGCAAGGCAAACACCUGUUGUCCGUAUCCCUUUCCGGGGACAUCAACUACCUGGACGUAUCUAACCCGGACAAGCCUCUCCGAGUACUAACAGGACAUAAUAAGCCUAUAACUUGCCUGGUUUUGAAGGAUAAAAGUCUGUUCACUGCCAGUCAUGAUGGAGCUGUUACUAUGUGGAAUGUGGAAACUGGUGAAGGUCGUCGUAUAGAAGGUCCAGGUCACGGCAACCAGGUAAACGGCAUGAGCAUAGGCAAGGACGCGCUGCUCACGUGCGGCAUCGACGACGCGUUGCGUCUGGCGAAGCCCAUGGCUGAAGGGGAAGUCCCGUCGUACACAUCGGAGGCGAUUACUCUGGGGUCUCAGCCGCGCGCGCUCGACCACCUGCCCGAGGAGGACCUCACCAUCGUGGCCACUGUCAAGGAGCUGAUAGUGCUAGUGGGAGGCAGUAAGAAGUCGACGCUGCCGCUCUCGUACGAGCCCAGCUGUGUCACCAUCAACCCCAACGUGAGACAUGUGGCUGUGGGAGGUGACGACAGCAAAGUGCACAUAUACUCGCUGUCGGGCGGCGAGUGCGCGCUGUCGGAGCUGCGCGCGCUGCAGCAGCUGGGCGCCGUGACGUGCGCGCGCUACUGCCCCGCCGGCGCGCGCCUGCUGGCCGGCGACGCGCACCGCAAGCUCGUGCUCUACGACGUGCCCGGGUACGAGCUGUCGCACAACAAGGAGUGGGGCUUCCACACGGCGCGCGUGAAGUGCGCGGCGUGGGCGCCGGGCGGCGCGCGCGCGGCCUCGGGCUCGCUCGACACCAGCGUCAUCGUGUGGAGCGUGGCCGCGCCCGCCAAGCACACUCUCAUUAAAAACGCGCACCCACAGAGCCAGAUCACGGGUGUGGCGUGGGUGGACGACGAGACGCUCGCCACGGCGGGGCAGGACGCCAACACGCGCAUCUGGAAUAUUCCUAACGCU